CCGCACUCCCGAACGCCUUGUCUGGUUUCUGUAUACCUACUCCGUAAUAUUAUAUACUGCAUUUCCUGUGUUUGUAAUGGAAAAGUGAUAAACAGUGUUCAUGCCUAUAAUGCAUUUCUAAUACAAGUGAAAUAAAAACGUAUUAUGUGAUGCGAAGUGACCCGGAUGGUGAGUAGGGUGGGCAGGAGGCUGGCAGUUCAAUGGGCAGGUGGACAGCGUUGGGCAGCUUGCUGCAGAGUAAAAGGGUAUUUAACCCAGAGCAGCUGGAAAGUGGCAAUUUAAGACGAUGCCUGACAGUGUGGGACCUGAUUGCGUUGGGAGUAGGCAGCACGCUUGGCGUAGGCGUGUACGUGCUGGUGGGCUCGGUGGCUAUGAACUUUGCAGGACCUGCCAUCGUACUCUCCUUUCUAGUCGCAGCCAUCGCUUCGCUUUUCGCGGGUCUAUGUUAUGCGGAGUUUGGAUCUCGCGUUCCGCGCGCUGGUUCGGCUUACAUCUACACUUACGUCACUAUGGGACAACUGGUGGCGUUUAUCGUCGGGUGGAAUAUGAUUCUUGAAGCAUUAUUUGCAACAGCUAGCGUCGCCCGAGGGCUAAGUAUGUACGUGGAUUCGAUGCUUAAUAAAACCAUGUCAGAAGCGUUCUUGUCCAUCGCACCAAUAUCGGUUCAACCGUUUUCGCCCUACUUCGACUUUUUCGCAUUUGGUGUGGUAAUUGUACUUGGAGUGGUAUUGGCAGUGGGUGUGCGUCAAUCGGCAACAGUUAACAACAUCUUCGCUCUAAUCAACAUUGUCGUUAUCGUGUUCAUUGUGGUCUCCGGGGCUAUCACAGCAAAUCCAUCAAAUUGGAGCAUACCAGGAACAGAGGUGCCGGCGGAGUUUGGCAAAGGGGGAUUCUUUCCGUAUGGUAUAUGGGGCGUUUUUAAAGGAGCCGCAGUAUGCUUCUAUGGUUUUGUGGGAUUUGACUCUAUUAACGCAACAGGAGAAGAGGUAAAGGAUCCUCGUCGAGUAAUCCCUGUAGCUAUCUUGGCGGUGUUGGUGCUAAUAUUUUUCGUGUACGCCGCAGUGUCUACCGUCAUCACCAUGAUGGUGCCUUACUACUUGCAGGAUACGAAUGCGGCCUUAGCAAGUGCCUUCAGCUAUGUGGGUUGGGAGUGGGCUCGCUGGAUAGUUUCCAUCGGUGCUAUCUUCGGCAUAUCUGCUAGUCUAUAUGGCGCAAUGUUUCCCUUACCGCGGCUGCUAUACGCAAUGUCUUCUGAUGGCCUGCUCCUGCGCUGGUUGGGGCACGUUACCGCCGCAAACCAAUCACCGACGGUCGCAACUGUUCUUCCAGCUCUUGUCAUAGCCAUACUGGCCGGUGUAUUAGAGCUCCAAGAGCUAGUGAUGAUGAUGUGUGUAGGAACGCUACUAUCGUAUAGCAUCGUAGCUAUUUGUGUUAUAAUAUUGAGAUAUCGGUCUGAUUCUACGUCGUCGACUGGAUAUUGUUUUAUAAGAAGAGUUUUCUGUUGUGGAGAGAAAACACCAUCACAAACAUCUUCUUUGGUGGUUAAAAUAAGUUUAUCUUUGUUUACUAGUAUAUGUCUAUCAACGGCUUUGGUCGUAACUCACAUUGAGAGACCACUGAUCCCAACGGCUAUAUUACACUUGUUAGCUCUGCUUCUCAUCACAAUUAUAGCCAUACAACCUCAGAAUAAAGAAGAGUUGUCUUUUAAGGCUCCACUGGUACCCCUAAUUCCGUGCCUUAGCAUAUACGUCAAUGUUAACCUAAUGAUCUUAAUUAGUGUGCAGACUUGGAUUCGUGUUCUCAUUUGGAUGGCCAUUGGUAUUCCGGUCUAUAUAAUUUGUGCUUGUUGCUAUAAAACGAAUACUGGCGAUGGUGAAUCAAAAAAUUUUACUCAUAUUAAUAAAAACGGCAAACCUCCUGUCCAAAUAUUUGUCGAAUCACCAACACCUCCCGAUACUAUUAAGUAUAGUGGAACCGGAGGUGGUCAGAUCGUGCAACAGGGUGGAAAUACGCUAGUCAUACGAGAUAAUCCAAGAAACACCUUACCACUUAUCACCGAAGAAAUAUCAAUACAAAAAGCUUAUAUUGAAGAUACAACAGAAAAAGAAGCAAAAAUAAUAGAUCUGUUAGAUCAAGUUAUUCAAGCUGAGGAAGAUUCCUUUAGUGAAAUAAUAAGUUUAAAAGAGCAAAGAAACGUAAGCGAAGUGCCUGUUCAGGAAAAGCAGGAAAAGCAAAGAAAGUCACUAAGUGAGUUGUCUGAUGCGGGUUCCGAUAUAUCGAGUAAUCAAGCGUUAUCAAAGUAUGAUGUGGUAGCACAGGUGCAUAGAGAAGAUUUACCGAGACUUAAAGAAGAAGAUGAGAUAAAAGAAAUAUCCAUUAUUGAGAACGAAACUACUGUUAGUGAUCAGGAGGAAAUAGAUCAUGAUGAAAGUCCAGACUUGAACGAGGAAGAAAAUGAAGGCAGUGGCGAUAUUAUUGAAAGUGAUGCUAAUUCAAGAACAGAUGAGUCCGGUUACUCUGACACCUUAGAUAAAACACCACAAAAUGAAAUUAUUGAAGAUAAAGAGAUAUCGCAUAUACCAACGCCCCCUCCGCUUGAUGAAAACUUCUUUGCGAGUCCAACAUUUAUAAAGUCUUAUACAAUAUCGGUGCGACCGACGAAAGUCCCUCCAGUCACUAAGCCCCGUGAAAGUAUUCAAUCAAAUGGAUCUAUCGAUGAUGAGCCCAUGACGUUCGGCAGUGAUAAACAGAUAAACUUUAUGACCAAACUAAAUACUAUUUUUCAAAAUAAAAUAUCUGAAGGCAAUGACAGUGGGGAUGAAAAAAGAAGAAGAUCCAAUUCAGCGGGUAAUUUAACCGAAAAUACAGAAUUUGCGACACUAAAUCGCGAGCGACCACAACUGUUUUUAGAUUUGAAAAAAGAAAUCAUUUCUAGAGACCAAGCAAAUACAUUAAAGCCAGUCAAAAUAAAAGAAAUUGAUCCCGAAGAAUCUGAAGAUGAAAGUAUGAGUAAAGAUGUUUUAAAAUCGAAACUUGAGAACAUAUUUGCCACUGGAGGACCAAAACCUAGAAAAGCAAGAUUAAUGAAAUCUAAUCCUCCAACGCCUGAAGAAGCGUACCAAACCGACACUUCCAGCAUAGAGAGUAUACCAAAGAUACCAAAGAUUGAAAAAAAUGACACUUUAAAGCGUCAAAAGGACAAGUUUGGGGAAGUUUUGAAUUCACUGCGAUUAUCACUUAGAGAUGAUGCAGUAUGAAAUACUAUUUAUAAGAACCCUGUAUUUGCUUUAAAUAAUAUCAUAACGGAAUAAUUAAAUAUACUAACAUAUUUCAAUUUCAUCACGAAUACAGAUAAGAAUAAUGAUUGAAUACGUAUUUAAUGAAUGUAAAAAUGAAUAACGAAUUGUAGAUAUAAGCAAUAUUUCAUAAAUUAUGCAAAUCAAAUCUGAUGUCCUGAAAGACUGAAGUGUCGCGAUUAUUAUUGUAUGUAUGUUUUGCUUUGUUGAUUGUUUUUAUUAUGUGUUAUUAUAUUAUGUGUCUUUA